ACACUGCUUUAGAGCAAAAUAUCCGUAAAGACAGAAACCUGAGUACAUUUGUGUUUUAUCCUCGGAACUCGACGGGUUUCGUAUUUUUUUUUCUUUAUGAGUCGUUUCCCUGAAACCUAAUGUGAUGUUGUUGCCAUAUUCGUCUCCGUUUUUGAAAUUUUAAAAUUGCAUGGGAAAUGAGGUGAGGUCACCCUCAGUUUUCUUGACUAUUUUAACUCGCAGCUCGAUAACAUAAGGGUUAUAACUAUGUUCCCUACACAAUUAAAACGUAUGCACAUGCUGCUACAGUUAAGAUACACAUUGUGGUGCUCUCCUUCACUCAAAGCACCUUGCUCCAGACUGGUUUUGGGCAUUGAGACAAGCUGUGAUGAGACUGGAGCUGCUGUGCUGGACGAGGCAGGUGAAAUACUGGGAGAGUCUCUACAUUCACAGAAAGAAGUCCAUCUGAGGUUUGGGGGCAUCAUCCCCACAGUGGCACAGCAGCUCCACAGAGAAAACAUAGAGCGUGUGGUGCAGGAGGCUCUGGAGAGGAGUAAUGUGGACCCAAGCUUGCUCUCCGCUGUGGCCACCACUGUGAAGCCCGGCUUGGGCCUUAGCUUGGGCAUCGGUUUGGAGUUCAGUCAGAGGUUUGUGAGGCAGCACAACAAGCCUUUCAUCCCCAUCCACCACAUGGAAGCACACGCCCUGACCGUCAGGAUGCUCCAACCUGUUGCCUUCCCCUUCCUGGUGCUGCUCGUUUCUGGUGGUCACUCACUUCUCGCUGUUGCUCAAGGAGUCGACGAUUUUCUCCUUUUGGGUCACACUCUGGAUGAAGCUCCAGGGGAUACACUCGAUAAAGUGGCAAGACGUUUGUCCCUCAUAAAACACCCACAGUGCUCCACACUAAGUGGAGGACAAGCUAUAGAGCUUCUAGCAAAGGAUGGCGACAGGAUGAGGUUCCCUUUCAGGACACCGAUGGGACGAACGUCUGACUGCUGCUUUUCUUUCGCUGGGAUACAGAAUCAAGUUAAAAUGGUGAUAAUAAAACAAGAGGCAGAGGAAGGUAUAGAACAGGGGACACUGUUAUCAUGCGUGAAUGACAUCGCAGCUGCUACACAGCACACAGUUGCCUCUCAUCUUGCAAAGCGCACACAUCGAGCCAUCUUGUUCUGCAAGGCAAACGGCCUAUUGCCAUUAAACAGUCCCACCUUGGUGCUGUCCGGAGGAGUUGCAAGCAAUCAGUACAUCCGCAAGGUUCUGACCAUUAUCACUGAGGCGACAGGACUUCACCUGCUCUGUCCUCCACCCAAAUUCUGCACUGACAAUGGAGUGAUGAUUGCAUGGAACGGUGUUGAACGCCUGAGAGAAGGGAAAGGGAUACUGCCUCCAGAUGUGGAUGUCUGCUAUGAACCAAAGGCACGGCUGGGUGUGGACAUGACAGCAGAGGUGAAGGCAGCAGCGAUCAAGGUGCCACCAGUCAGGGUCAAGAUUCCCAACUGACAGGUUGUUCUGUCACUCCUGGAUUUACCCAGCUCACAGUAUAUACUGUGUAUAUACUAUACAUGUAUAAGCACAUUCAAAAACAAUUUAUUAAUAAAUGUGUUUUUAUACAUCUUAGUUGAUUUCUUUUUUUUAUUUCAUUGUUUAUAUCCCUUACAAAACUAUGUGAAAAUACAAACUCCA